GGUGUUUUCGUAGAUUGAUAUUUGCUAAGUUAACUACUAGUAUGAGCACAUGGGAUCUUGUCUUUCUUUUGUCUUCUAGUAUCUUUCUUUAACAUUUUACUUAGGACUUCAGGUUUGCAUUGCAGGCCGGAAUGGGUGGAGGGACUGGAACUGGUGGAGCUCCUGUUAUUGCAGGGGUUGCAAAGUCCAUGGGUAUAUUAACUGUUGGUAUUGUCACUACUCCUUUUUCAUUUGAGGGAAGAAGGAGGGCUGUUCAAGCACAUGAAGGAAUUGUAGCUCUGAGAGAAAAUGUUGACACACUAAUUGUUAUUCCAAAUGACAUGUUGACUGCAGUUUCCCAGUCUUCUCCAGUAACAGAAGCAUUUAAUCUGGCUGAUGAUAUUCUUCGACAAGGUGUCCGUGAUAUCUCCGAUAUAAUUACAAUUCCAGGGCUAGUCAAUGUGGAUUUUGCUGAUGUGCAAACUAUAAUGACAAACGCAGGUUCUUCACUGAUGGGGAUAGGAACUGCAACUGGGAAAACAAGGGCAAGGGAUACUGCACUAAAAGCUAUCCAAUCACCUUUGUUAGAUCUUGGUAUAGAAAGGGCUACUGGAAUUGUGUGGAACAUAACUGGUGGAAGUGAUUUAACCUUGCUUGAGGUUAAUGCUGCAGCUGAGGUCAUAUAUGAUCUUGUGGAUCCAACAGCCAAUUUAAUAUUUGGAGCAGUGAUAGAUCCAUCUCUUAGCGGCCAAGUAAGUUCAUGCUUGUUCUAACGUAUUCAUGCCAAAGUUUAGACUCAGAAACAGUCCUCUGCGUUCUUGUAUCUUGAUCACCAUACUUUGAGUAGGCCUAUUGUCUAACUGUAGUUUUAAUGAAACAUAUAUGAUUACAGCAAUUCGGUUAAUUAAACAUUCAGAAAAGUAGGAUUAAAACCUGCAACAGAUGGACUUUAUGCAUGAACUUUACUUUCUAGGCCACAUGUUGGUCCAAUAAGAAAUGCCUUGCCUUUUUGUUUAAGUCAGUGGAUAGUUCUCCUGUAUCUAAUUUGUGUUUUCGAGCAAUCUCAGCCUCAUCUAGCAAUGAAAUUGGCAAUUGGAUUGCAUAUCUGCCUCCUGAAGGAUUAUUUUGUUAUUCUUGAGUUAACACUGAUGUUCAAGCCAUGAAAUUAUCACCUAUUUUUCCUGAGUAUCGUUUGCAAAUUUGCCAGGAGCUAACAAUGUUUGCUGAAGUGAAUGCAUAUAGUAUUAAGUUGUAGUUAUACUAGAGCUAGAUUCCUGGAGAAAUGAAUUUUGUAAUAAGUUUUACUCUUACGAGGCUGACCAUUACACGGUUGGUUUGAUUUUACAGGCAUAUACAUUGAGCUAGAAGCAGAACUGAACCAACUGAAACAAGAGAAUGUCCACCUUAAGCAGGCUCUGGUAACACCAUUAUUGCUUUCGUUCAUUUUCAGCAAAUUGCUGGUUCUUCAGGGAGCUUUUAUCUUCUAUUAUAUGAAGAACUUACCCUCAUUUUACUAGCAUUUUAACAGGCAGAACUCAAGAGGAAAAUAAAGCAACGGGUAAAUCAUCUAACUGAUUCCAAGUGCACUGCAAGGCAU